CGAGGCCCAACAAGGCGCAGCAAGGCUCUUCAAGCAGGUCGAGGCAAGGUGUAGAAGAAAAGGCGCUGAGGCACAUGCCUGGGGAUGAGGCGCAAGGCGAGGACCUUAUGGGCUUUACGUAGCUUUUUACUCCCAGCACUAGAUUUAAGUGAUUUCUUGUGUGCAUACUCACGGGGGAUUACAACCCUUCAAUAUAAAAUAAACAAACGUGUGAAAAGAGAUCAGAAAAGUGAUAAAAAUAAUAAAAAAUACUAGCAAUUAAAAGAAGGGAUCAACAGACAUGGAAGAGAGGAUGACAUGGUCUUUUUCAUCUACGAUUGACGUCGUCUUCUUCAGGUCACUCCAAGGAUGAAUGGAACUGUUAACUGGGGCACUGCAACUGUCAUUGGAAUCUUCGCUGGCAUGUUAUAUGGUGGUAGCAAGGAGGCAUCUGCUUCUGUUAGCAAGGAUGCAGAAGUGAUGUUGAAGCUUGGGAGCACUCCUGACAAGCGUGAACAGCAUCGUUUAAUGAGGGAUGCAAUGGAGAAAAGAUUCGUCAGGGUAACUCGUGGCUCAAUAGUUGGUGGAGUGCGCCUUGGAAUGUUCACUGCUGCAUUUUGUGGUUUACAGAAUCUGCUUGCUGAGAAACGGGGGUUGCAUGAUGUUUGUAAUGUUGUUGCUGCUGGUUCUGCCACUGCUGCAACAUUUGGUUUAAUUAUGCCAGGAUCACUCCGCUGGCGUGCAAGAAAUGUACUUUUGGGAUCAGUUCUGGGUGCAGCCUUUUGCUUCCCUCUUGGUUGGCUCCAGUUGAAGCUUGUAGACAAAGCAAAUGAAGGGAGAAUGGUUGCUUAUCCAAAGCAGGAUGAUGGUAAAGAAGUGAAAAGCGGUGUUGGCGCUGCAAUUGAGAGGCUUGAAGGGCACCUGAGUAAAUAGAACAGUGAUUUAAAUGUUUAAUUGUUUGAGUUUUCUUGAAAUUCCUUUUUCGGCUCAUCAUUUUGAUCUCUUGGAAGAGCAAUAUGUCUUGAAUUUUUGUUAGUGAAAAAAGAGAAGAGGAUUUUUAAUUGGACAGAUAAUUGGCAUGCUCUUUAUUAUUAUAUGUAAAUGAUGAGCCCAUAUUUAGGGACAGUUUUAUCAAUCCUGUUAGUUAUGAUCA